CGAAUUCAGUCUUCGUAUCUUUGGCUGAAUGGGCGUGGUUUCACAAGAAGGCUCUUUAGUGUCCUAUCCUCCGAUGCUCCAACAACUGAGCUAUGGCGACUCCGACGUUGCUGUCAGUGCCGGCGGCACUUCUCUCUUGACGACGACCAACGCUAUACAUAGAGGCUCUUCGCGAAACCCGCUUCCACAUUCGAGACGUCCCUGGAUGAAGUACUGCAGGCUUUGUCCUUACAGCACUCCAAUAGCGGGCAACCUUUCUCGUCAUAUGCUGUCGCAUUCCAAAGAACGUCCAUUUGCUUGCAGACUCUGUCCUUAUCGCUGCAACCAAAAAGUCAACUUACAGCAGCACAUGGUCAUUCACACUGGCGAGAAGCCGUAUAAAUGUUCUUUCUGCGACUACAGGUCGUCUAGGAAAGCUACCAUCCGUCAUCAUGAGGUUGCGAUCCAUCGUCUCAAGUGAAGUGAAGCGAAUUCAAGUUGGGCCAAAACUGAAGUGUUAUCACUAAUAGAAAAACAUUGGUUCUAGAAUUAAGUUUACUUCGAUUGGGCGAAUUUCUCUCAAGUUUUACGGCUGUCAUUUCAAUCGAAUUUUUUUGGAGAGAAGAAUUCUAAGAAAAUUGUCCACGACCGCACCUUUCAUACAAUAAUUACGAUUUUAGAAAGCUUCUGCAGAAUUCUGCCAGUUUCAUUGACUUCGAAUUACGUGGAUGUUCAUUCGACUCGCAUCAUGCAAUCGUAGGACUAUGUUAAGCUCGCAUGAUGUUUACAUCUUAUAGUGAAGUUCAUAACGUGGUCUGCUGAGACUGUUCUUCCUCUGUAUUCUGACACAGUCUUGGUCUCUCUGC